CGUCAACAUGUUUGGAAGGGACUUUAUCCUAUCUUUCAACCGAAAUUCUUACAGAAACGACACAACAAGGCUAAGGAUAAUGAACAAUCUAAAGGACAAGGUCACGGUCACUGUUUAUAGCGCUUCCGGGUUAGAGGUCAGUAAAUCAGACGACAGGUCAGCUAUAAUUGAACAUCACCUUCGGACAACAUGUGAGCGGACGUUUACCGCUGGCGACUGUGUCGUGCGCAUCAAAAGUAUCGCGAAUGUUCGGAUGACAGUUCUCGAUAUUAUGGACGGGGAAAUAUUUUAUUUCGUUCUUCCGCUUGACAAAGCUGGAAAUGAAUACAUCAUGGCGACAAGUUUACUGCAUGCUAACUACACUUGUGAUCUUGUUACGAUUUACCCAAUGACAGAAUUCUACUUCUCCGUGGCUCAUUCAGCUCAAGUGUCAUUUUCAAACAAAACAAGUGUUUGUAGCCAUGACAUGUGCCAGGUUCCAGUCCCGCGCGAAAACGCGAUGUUUCAAAUCCGUAGUUCAAAGGACAUGACGGGAAUGAAGGUUACAGGUAACAAGCCGUUCGUGGUGUUCUGUGGUGGGGCCAUUUCCGCCGGAAGAACAUUCAUGAAUCAACUUCCACCUAUAGGGAUGUACGGAACAUCAUAUCAAACAUGGCCGACUCAGUUUUCCGGUUUUGUGAGUCUGAUGUCACGAUGUAAUGAUACACACGUGCGUGUGUAUGGUGCAACAAAUCAGACAAUUGACCUUGACCUUGGGAGUCACACUGAUGUGGCGGUGCUGGCACAAGAUGUCCUUGUGAUAUCAAGUGAUAAACCAAUCAUGGCGAUCCAAAGUUGGAUCAUGCGCUAUGCCACACAUAGACUUACGUUAGUUCCCCUCGUCACAGCCAACCAUACAUGUGAGGACCACAAACACUCAACACAGUCACCUUUAUGCCUAUGUCCAUGUCCAACAAAAGUGACCACCCCGACCCCUGCUGACCUUAAUACUAAACUCCAGAAGCUACGAGAGUUAUCUGUGAACAAAUCUACCUUGUCAUCGACACUCCGGAAGAAGAAAAGUGCGUACGACGGUCGCACUUCCGCUCAAGGUAUCGGGAUUGUCGGUGUCACUCUGCUCUGCGGCGUGGUAGUGUUCAUAGUAACCCUUGACAUGCCAAACCUUGUGGCACAGUUCCGAGUGGUCAGACAGAAUCUCUUCGGAAGCACCCUCUGUCAGUACGACGGACAAUGCGGCCCGAAACUGAAAUGGAAACGUAGCAAAUUAAUUCAUGUGCACAAAUCCGAGUCCACCGCGACCAUUGGGCCUGCCGAUAUAAACCAAGGAGAAUGUUGAUUAGGCCCAAUGUACCCAGGCCAGUAUAACCGUAAUGCACAUUUCAAUGACUUCUAGCUUGAAUUUAACAUGUUUGUCUUCGGUAUUUCGUAUGCUUAUUAAAUUGAUGAAAUCCUGCUAAA